AUGCGAGUUGCCUUCGGGGGGACACCGCUACAUAUCGCCGCACAAUAUGGCCAUGUCGACGUCGCGCGCACCUUUCUCACGCACGGUGCACCUGUCGACGCGCAGGAUCUGUACCGCGAAACGCCGCUACAUAUCGCUGCACGAUAUGGCCAUGUCGAUAUUGUGUACACUCUUCUCAAACACGGUGCGGCUGUCAACGCGCAGGGCAGAAAGGGAUGGACCCCGCUGCUCUACGCGGCCUCGGGAGGGCACACCGACGCUUCCCGCGUUCUCCUGGAUAAUGGCGCGGACGUUGCAGCCAUGGACACCGACGGAUUUCGUGCGCUGGACCACACAAAGGCGAGGGGGCGUGCUGAGGUCGUGCGCCUGCUUCUCGAUCACGGCGCCGAUGUCCAUGUAGAGAACCCACCGCGCGAUGAACCCGCGGCCCGAGACGUGCACGGACAUCAUGGAUAG